AUAUGCUAGUUCAAGAGAAUUGUACUCUGCUGCCUCCCUCAACACGCGGCGAAGCGAACUCUCACUGUCCCGACACCGCCAGCUGCUCUCUCGCUCUCUCAAAAGUCACUUACUUUUCUUUUCUUUUCUUUUCGAUUCUUUUAUUUUAUUUUAUUUUUUUUCAGCACUUUCAGUUUCCAUUAAUCUCAUGUGUUUUUUUUUUUUCAAUAAAUAAAUAAAUAAAUAAUGAUGCUAUAUAUUAUUUUCGGGAGGGCCUAAUUAAUGUAAUUUUUGUCUUUGUAUUUGUUUUCCGUGAGCGUUUACUGUUGAAAUUCAUUCAUGGGGGGUUGGGGUUUUUUUGUUGAAUUAAUGCGGGCAUUUACAGAAAAACAGAAGAGAGGCGAAAGGGUUGUAUAUAUUUAAGAGGAGGGUGUGAGUUGUGAGUUAAUGAAAGAGCGUCUGUUUGUCUCUUUGUAUCCUCUUCCCUGCUGUGUGUGUCGUUCUGGGUUUAGAGAUAGAGAGAAAAAGAGGGGUAUAUUUCGAGUAAUCCUUUAAUUUGGAUGGUUUUCAUUUGUCAUCCCCCAGAAUCACAAAAAAAGGAAAGCAAAUCUCAUGGUUUUGGUUUACUUCCUUUUUUAUUUGCAUAAUUGAAUGACAAACUUCCAUUUUCGGGACUAGACCGAAAAAAUUAAAAAAAAAAAAAAAAAUUCAAAAGAAACUUUGUGUAUCUCUUCUCUAUGAGUGGGGUUCAUCGUAAAAGGCUUCUUCCGGAGCCGUUUCCCUUUUAGCUGUGACUGUGAGCCGACGUGGGAGGAUUUUUUUCUUUUUUCUUCAUCAAUCAAGUUAAGAUUGAGAAGGAGCAGCAAUGUCUUCUUCGUCUUCCUCAGCUUCAAAUGCUUCUGCUGCUGCCGCUUCACUCAGUGACUACUCCAAUCUGGAACGCUUUCUUCAAUGCGUCACUCCAACUGUUCCUUCAAGGAAUCCCCCACAUACACCAGGUAAAGACAGAAUAGAAUAUUUUACACUUAGAGAUCUUUGGGAUUGUUAUGGUGAAUGGAGUGCGUAUGGUGUUGGCACCCCAGUUCUCUUGAACAGUGGUGAAACUGUUUUACAAUAUUAUGUUCCUUAUCUAUCAGCCAUUCAGAUAUACUCCAAUAAGUCCGUUGUUGGUUCAAGGAGUAGAAGAGAGGAUAGUGACAUUGCAGAAUUUGAAAGUGACUCUUGCAGUGAUGACAGCGGGAGUGAUAACCUGUCAAGGUCUCUAAGCAAUAACUCUAGCAGGACUUGGGAUGUUGUUUCUGAGGAUUCAAGUUUUGAUCAAGAGAGUUCAUGUCCUAUGAGGGAUAGACUUGGACACCUUUACUUACAAUACGUUGAGAUGUCAUCUCCUUACUGGAGGAUUCCACUAACAGACAAGAUAACUGAAUUAGCUCAGCAUCAUCCUGCGUUAACAACACUUAAAAGUGUGGAUCUUUCCCCAGCAAGCUGGAUGGCUGUUGCUUGGUAUCCUAUAUAUCAUAUCCCAAGUCGGAAAAGUGAGAAGGAUUUGUCAACAUGCUUCCUUACUUACCAUACAUUAUCCUCAUGUUUCCAAGCAGAGUGUGUAGUGGAAAAUGAUGGAAGGGCCCUACACAAAGAUAUGUGCUGUUGUGGAAGUAGCACAGAUGCAAUGAUCGGAGAAAAAUUGAGGGAAGAUGGAAGUGGUAGAAUAUGCCUAUGUCCUUUUGGGCUAGCAACGUACAAGAUGCAAGGAGAUCUUUGGUUAAAGCCAGAGACAUGUGACUAUGCGAAAAUAAUUGAUCUGUACAGUGCUGCCGACUCCUGGUUGAAGCAACUGAGUGUUCACCAUCAUGACUUUAACUUCUUCACUUUCCACUCUGCCAUGUAAAUUAUCAGUCUCCAACGGUAUCUUCGUCUACUUCCAUCUCUUCGUAAAAUCAUCCUGUGUUUUUGCAACCGCCAUGUAAUACAGUUCCGCUGCUAAAGUCUCAGAAAUCUUUUUUUCAGAAACUGUUUAAUGGUUUCUUUGAGUCACGUGGCCUAACUUAUUAAACCAAUGGUUUGCUUGAGGAUGUUUGUGGGAGGGAAUUUUGUUUUUGUGGAAUGGGGUUGCUUUUGCUUGAAAACUUUUAGCAAGAGAAAGAUAACCUGUAGAGAGGCAGCUAAUUUUCUGUAUAUUUUGUUUGUCUUGAUGUAUUCUUUUUGUAGUCUUUCUUUUAGUACCCCUGGUAUAAAUUAGUGUCGUGGCAUGAGGAAACUGUUUUCUCAAGUCUUUUUUUUUUUU